AUGUGGCUUCUUCAUCCGGAUUUUUACAGAAUUGUUAAGGAAGCUUGGCCCAAUGAAGCUCAGUUACAAAUGGCUAUUCCAGAGUUUACUAGGAAGGCUAGGAAGUGGAAUUUUGAGGUGUUUGGGAACCUUUUUGGAAAGAAAAAGAGAGUUUUAGCCAGAUUACAGGGGACUCAGAAAGCAUUGGCUGAUAACCCGAAUGAGUCUCUUAUGAGACUUGAAAACCAACUCAUUGAGGAGUAUUCUUCUAUUUUGCUCCAGGAAGAGGAGUUUUGGGCCCUUAAGUCGAGGAUCAAUGUGGCUGCCUUUGGGGAUAGAAACACUUCUUUCUUUCAUUUAAAUACUGUUGUUCGAAGGCAAAGGAAUAAGAUAAGGUGUUUGAAGGAUAACAUGGGGGAAUGGAUUGUAGAGGAAGAAGCGGUGCAGGAGCAUAUUUUGAAUGGGUUUAAGAAACUCUACUCCACGGAUUUUGAGAUGUCUUAUAAGAUCUCUCAGGUGGCUGAUUUCUCAAGUAGCUUUCUCACAGAAGUUGAUAGAAAUUGGAUGGGGAGGGAAGUUACUGAUGAAGAUGUGAGGAAUGGGUUGUGGGCUUUGAAACCGUUUAAAGCCCCAGGGCCGGAUGGUCUCCAUGUUGGGUUUUUUCAGCAUUUUUGGCAUGAAGUGAGGAAUCCAAUCUGUAAGGAGGUGAAGAAUAUUUUCAGGGAUGGUGUAGUCCCAGACUAUCUCAAUGAUACUCUUGUGACUCUCAUUCCAAAGUGUAAAAGCCCUGAAUCCCUAAACAAUUAUAGGCCGAUUAGUCUGUGUAAUUCGGUUUAUAAAAUUGUUUCAAAGAUUUUAGUGGAAAGGAUUAGACCUCACCUAAACAAGCUUGUGUCUCCUGUCCAAUCUGCCUUUGUGCCCAGAAGGAAGGGAUUAGAUAAUAUCUUAAUUGCUCAAGAGCUCUUCUAUGCUUUGGAUGGGAAGAAAGGCAAAGAAGGUUAUAUGGCUAUUAAGAUAGAUUUGGAGAAGGCAUAUGAUAGGUUGGAAUGGUGCUUUAUUCACAAGGAGUGGAAGUGGGAAGUUUUGUCUUUUGAAAUACCUCCUUGUAUCAAGGAUAGGAUUAAGGCUAUCCCAAGGCGGCUGGUUGACAGUGGGGAAGAUGUCAUUAUGUGGAAGUUUUCUAAGGAUGGAGAGUUCACCACUAAGUCUACCUAUGCUUUGCUAAAUGGUGCUCAACAAAAUGCCGUGCCUUUCCAAGGUCAAUGGGCUCUAAGAGAUGGGUUGUUGCUGGCGGAUCAGAUUGGAGUGCAGAACCUGGUGAUUGAACUAGAUGCUAAGGUUGUGGUGGAGUUAGUCCAAUCCAAAACCACCUCUAAUGCUUUCUACUCCUCUCUGCUGGCUGAUUGCAGGUCUCUGUUGGGCAAGUUUCAACAUUUCAAGGUGCAGCACGUGUUUCGUGAAGUUAAUAGAGUUGCAGACGCACUGGCUAAUUUAGGAUGUAGUAUGCAGGAAAAUUUUGUUGUUAUGGAUAGCUCCCCAUCUGAUGUUGUUGCUAAUUUUGUGUAUUCAGAUGCCAUGGGGGAAAACCUUUGUAGGCUUACUGCCAACAAUUUAGCCAUUUUGGCUUAG